AUGCUUUGCAUGCUUGCUUUUGUUGUUUUCUUCCUCUUUCUCAUCCAUUCCCUCAUCUCCAAGCUCUUCUUCACUCCCAGUAGCCCCAAACUCCCACUUCCCCCUGGUUCCUUAGGUUGGCCCUAUGUUGGAGAGACCUUCCAACUCUACUCUCAAAACCCAAAUGUCUUCUUUGCCUCAAAACAAAAGAGGUUUGGGUCUAUCUUCAAAACCCACAUCUUGGGUUGUCCCUGUGUCAUGAUUUCAAGCCCAGAAGCUGCAAAAUUUGUGCUUGUAACUCGAUCCCAUCUGUUCAAACCAACCUUCCCAGCAAGCAAAGAGAGGAUGUUGGGGAAACAAGCCAUCUUUUUCCACCAAGGAGAUUACCAUGCCAAAUUGAGGAAGCUUGUCCUCCGUGCCUUCAUGCCUGAAGCCAUCAGGAGCAUAGUCCCUGACAUUGAAUCCAUAGCCAAAGACUCUCUUCAGUCCUGGGAAGGCCGCUUGGUCAACACCUUCCAAGAAAUGAAAACGUUCACAUUCAAUGUUGCACUCCUUUCUAUUUUUGGAAAGGAUGAAAUUCUGUACAGAGAGGAUCUGAAGAGGUGCUACUACAUUCUUGAGAAGGGUUACAAUUCAAUGCCAAUUAAUCUUCCAGGCACACUCUUUCACAAAUCAAUGAAAGCCAGGAAGGAGCUUGCUCAGAUCUUAGCUAAAAUUAUCUCCACAAGGAGGCAGAGGAAGCAGGUGGAGGACCAUAAGGACCUUCUUGGAUCAUUUAUGGGUGACAAAGAAGGCCUCACAGACCAACAGAUUGCUGACAACGUCAUCGGUGUCAUUUUCGCUGCUCGUGACACAACGGCCAGCGUUUUGACUUGGAUUGUCAAGUACCUUGGCGAAAACCCAAGUGUUCUUCAAGCUGUCACUGAAGAGCAAGAGGCCAUAAUGAGGACAAAAGAAGAAGAGGAGGGUGAUGAUGAAGGGAACCAGAAGGCUCUGAGUUGGGCAGAUACCAAGAAGAUGCCAAUGACUUCAAGGGUUAUUCAGGAGACACUUAGAGUUGCUUCCAUCUUAUCUUUUACUUUCAGGGAAGCCGUGGAAGAUGUUGAAUAUGAAGGUUAUCUUAUACCAAAAGGGUGGAAAGUUUUACCACUUUUCAGAAACAUUCACCACAGCCCAGAAAUCUUUCCUGAACCUGAGAAGUUUGAUCCCUCAAGAUUUGAGGUUGCUCCAAAGCCCAACACAUACAUGCCAUUUGGCAGCGGGACCCACUCAUGUCCUGGGAAUGAAUUAGCCAAGCUGGAGAUUUUGGUCCUUUUACACCAUCUGACAACAAAGUACAGGUGGUCUAUGGUUGGUGCACAAAAUGGCAUCCAGUAUGGCCCUUUUGCUCUUCCCCAAAAUGGUCUGCCCAUCAGAUUGUCUCCUAAAACAUAA